AAACAAUUUGACUCGUGAGUCGUGAGGAACUCGUGAGUUGUAGUUAUAUUUUAUCAUCAGAUCAUCACUAUUAGUUAACAACUUAACAUUAGUGUUUAACCAAAACCAUUACCGAAUAUGGGCCUAAAAGAAUAUUUUGGUUUUUAUCUAUCACUUAUGAAAAUAUGGGCUUAAAGCCCAUAACUUGUAGUCUUAUACUAGAAAACAGUAAUAAGCGUAAACACGUCAGCAGUGGGACCCAUUUCGGAUUACCGGGAAAAUUCAUCGCCUUCUUUGUCAAUUCCCACGCGCCACCGUCAGCGACCACGUAUUGUAAUUGGCUGACACUCCCCACCGUCAUCAUUGAUGAUUCACAUCCCAAAUUUAUUUUUCGGGUACGCAAUAGACUCGAAGAAAAAAAAGGACGAUCGAAACCCAUCAAAACCCCAAAAGUUUAGGUUUUUUGUUUGUUUUGUUUUAAAUCGGAAAAGAUGAAGGCGGAGACGGUGACGCUGAUUCUGAUUAAUCUAGCCGGAAUAAUGGAGAGAGCUGACGAAUCUCUGCUUCCAGGUGUAUACAAAGAGGUCGGUUUGGCUCUCCACACUGAUCCAACCGGACUCGGGUCGUUGACAUUGCUGCGAUCCAUGGUUCAAGCCGUUUGUUAUCCCUUGGCUGCUUACAUGGCCAUUAGACAUAACCGAGCUCACGUUAUAGCUCUCGGUGCAUUUCUCUGGUCCGCUGCUACUUUCCUUGUUGCCUUCUCUUCCACUUUCUUUCAGGUGGCAGUGUCUAGAGCUCUGAAUGGAAUUGGUCUUGCUCUAGUGGCUCCAGCUAUUCAAUCUCUUGUUGCUGACUCAACUGAUGAUGCCAACCGUGGCACUGCAUUUGGGUGGUUACAACUAACAGCAAACAUCGGUUCGAUCCUAGGGGGGCUAUGCUCUGUCUUAAUAGCACCACUAACCUUCAUGGGAAUACCUGGUUGGAGAGUUGCUUUCCAUAUCGUAGGUGUGAUCAGCGUUAUCGUUGGUGUGUUAGUCAGAGUAUUCGCCAAUGACCCACAUUUUGUGAAGGAUGGUGUUGAUGUUUCGAAUCAACGAGGUUCGAGGAAACCUUUUUGUACAGAGGUGAAGGAUUUGGUCCGGGAAGCUGAUACAGUCAUAAAGAUUCGGUCUUUUCAGAUAAUUGUGACUCAGGGAGUAACAGGGUCGUUUCCUUGGUCUGCUCUUUCUUUUGCACCCAUGUGGUUGGAACUCAUCGGCUUCUCACACGGGACAACUGCAUUCUUGAUGGGUCUUUUCGUGGCUGCAUCUUCUCUAGGAGGCUUAUUUGGAGGCAAAAUGGGAGAUUUUCUGUCUACCCGUCUU